AUGGAUAAAUUAAACGGAAAUAAUAAAGACUCAAGAAAUAAUGAAGAAAAUAAUAAUAUAGAAAAUGACAAAGAAAAGGAGUUUGAUGAAAUAGUAAAAAAUAUGAGUUUUGAUGAAAAGGUGAAAAAAAUAUUAGAUUUAAAAUUAGAAGGAAAUAAUCAUUAUAAGAAUAAGAGUCAUGAGAAAGCUAUUUCUAAAUAUAAUGAAGGAAUAAAAUAUUUAAAAAAAAUAGAAAAUAAAAAUGAUAAAAUAAAAGAAUUAGAAAUUGCCUUAUAUUUAAAUUUAAGUUUGUGUUAUUCAAAUAUAGAACAAUACAAUGAAGCUUAUGAUAAUAUAAUGAAAGUGUUAAAUAUAGAUAAAAAUAAUGCAAAAGGAAUAUUUCGAUUAUGUCAAAUAGAAUUUAAUAGAUGCAAUUUUGAUAUAGCAAAAGAAAAAAUACAAGAAUUUCUUAAAGUUUAUCCAGAAAAUAUAGAUGCAAAAAAAUUAUUGAAAAAUAUAAUAAUAAAAAAAAAUGAAGAUAACAAAAAACAAAAAGAGGCCUAUUCAAAAAUUUUUGAAAAAGCUUCUGGUCUUUAUGAUGAUAGAGAAAAGGAAAUAAUUAGAAAAAAAAGAGAAAAAUAUGAGAAUGAUAUGAAAUCUAGAAAAGAAAAAAAUGAAGAAUUAAUUGAUUUUGAUGAAUGGGAAGCUUUAGAAAAUGAAAAAAGAAUAAAAGAAGAAGAAGAAAAACAAAAGCAAAAAGAAAAAGAAAGAGAAAAAGAAAGAGAAAAAGAAAAAAAAAAAAAAAAAAAAAGUGAUUCUUUGCUGUCCAAUACAUCUAAUAAUUCAUCUCAUCUAGAUAUAGAUGAAGAAGAUCAAAAAAUAAUUGAUGAAACUAAAAAAAUGGGCUAUUGUUAUUUUAAAAAAGAUAUAAAAGAAGAUGAUAAAAAAUUUUUUGAAAAAAAUAUUCCCAAAAAAAUAGAAAAUGGUAUAAAUGAUGAUUUUAAUUUUUACAAAAAUGAAAAUAAAGCAAUAUCAUCAUGGAAUGCAGCUGGAACAACAUAUGAAGAAAAAGAUAUGUCGAAAUGGGCUAAAUCAAAAAUAGAAGAAUGUUUAAAAAAUAUUCAUUUUAAAAAUUAUGAAAAAUUAGAUUCUUUAAAUUUAAAUAACCAAAAUGAAUAUAAUUUAUCAAAUUUGAAAUAUCCUGAUGUUCUACCAAUUCAAUAUUUAUCGGAAAUUAAUUUAAAUGAAAUAAAUGAUUUAUCAGUUGAUGCACAAAUUGUGGUUAUAAGGGGAACGAAAAGGCAUAUUUUUGAAUUUUCUUGUAAUUUACAUAUUACAAUUUAUGUAAAUAUAACGGAAUUACAUAUACAUAAAGUUAUUGUAGAAAUAAAAGAAUUAUCAAGUGAAUUGGAAGCUGGUAAAACAUGGAAAAAUUUUAUUACUAUAAAAAAAAAUGAUAAAUUAAAAAUUUCUGAUGGUUUAUUUAAUCAUAUUUAUGAUUUAUUAAUAGAAAAAGUAGAAACUCAAAUUAAGCAUUUUACGGAUGAAUAUAAUAAAAUAUAA